CUUAGUUCACUGACACGUCUCUUCCAACUGGACUUGAAUAUGAACCAGUUUGAAAGCAUCCCAAGUGUUCUGCUGGACCUGCCAUCUCUGGAAUGGCUGGACAUGGGUAGUAACAAGUUGCAGAAGCUGCCCUCAGACAUAGAUAAGUAAGUGUAACAUACUAUGUACUAAGAUGUUGCCCACCCCUGAAUAAAAUAUAAAAGUGAGCUUUACUUACUGGUAUCUAAACUCCCUUAUUGGGCUUACUUGACACAGCCACCUGCCUCCCUUGCUGAAAUCAUCAAGACUGAUGAUCUCAGUCAAUUCAAUGCUUUCCAAGGGGAAUCACUGGGAGGCUUGUAUGCAUGCGCAGCAAAACACUGCACCAGUCAGGUGCUCUCAAUGACAAUCAUUUGAUCUAUAACCAAGUUUGAGAUUAUAGUAGCAAAAGCGCCUCUAGUGGCUGUCAGUAAGACAGCCACUGAAAGCAUGUUAACCCUGUAAUGAGAAUAUUGUCAUUCUUGCAAAAUGACAAUGUUUUCAAUUGCAGGAUUAAAAAGAGAGGGGCACUGCACCUAGAUCACUUCAUUAAGGUGAAGUGGUCUGGGUGUCUUUAAUGCUCUAAUUAUCAAUACAAUUGAACCAAACUUCUAAUAUAAAUCUUAAACUACAAUAUCAUUUCGUCCAUAGAAUGCAGAGAUUACAUACAAUAUGGCUGCAGCGGAAUGAGAUAACGGAGCUCCCAGACUCCAUUAGCUGCCUGAGAAACCUGAAUACAUUAGUUCUAACCAGUAACAGACUGAAAAGAAUCCCACAUUGUCUGCAGGGCCUGGAAAACCUACGGUAAGAUCUAAGGGCACCAUGUUCAGAGAAACAAAUAAUGAUCAGCCAAUGUACUGGCAUCACAAGCUACAUCAACACUUGAAAUAAAAAAAAACCUUCCAUAGUACUUGCAACUAUCGCAAAUCUAUGCCACCGUAUUGCCUAUAACAUACUAUCCGCACAGGUAAAUUCCUGUAGUGACUAUUUACAUGUGUACACUAUAUUCCCUUUACCCUUUCUUGUGUAAGAUUCACUUUCGACAUUUUUGCAUUGGAAUCGAUUUAAUUUUUCAGAGAUGUAAGGAACCUUAUAAUGUUUAAAAGGAUAGGCUUGGGGCAUGUACGGUAUUGUACAUUGUUGGAGGUGCUCAGCUUAGAAAUAAACAUUGUUUGCUCUCAACAGAUUCGUCAAUUUCAGAGAUAAUCCUCUGGAGCGUCAAGUGACAUUGCCACCUUGCCAAGAUGAAGAGGAGGAGGGAGAGAGGGAACUGUUUGGUCUGGAAUUUAUGCACUUGUAUAUCCAGGAAUCAAUAGGAUGCUCUAUAAAAGGUAGUGCUUUUGCACACACCUGUAUAUGCAAAGUUAUUUUGCACAAGCAGUGUGCACCAAAAAAACUAAAUGUUUAGGCAGCGCAGUAUAAAAACUAUAUAGUAACACAUUUUAUUCAUCGAGACUGCACUGUUAAAAAAUGAUAUACACAUUAUGAAAAACACACUUAAAACACCAUUUAGAAGACUAAAUGCCUUUACAAAACACAAAAAUGAAAGUUGCAAGCAGACGAGAUAUAUAAAAACCUUUUAGCAUGAGACCCCUGGAAUAUGACUUGGUACUAAAAGCAGCAAGCAUACAGUCUUAGGUGGGGUUCACCAAAGCCAGGUUAAUAAAAAUGGGGAAAAAAAAAAUCAGUAGCGACUGGAAUAAUCUGUGUGCCUUUCAGAGGAAUGAAAGGAUCUUCAGAUGGUAGAUAGCUGGUGGCGUGUAGGCUUGCUGGGUGAAGAUAUUGUAUAGUUCAUAAGGAGGAAGGAGGGCAUGAAUAGUCUUAAAGGGACUCUCCAGUGCCAGGAAAACAUAUCAGUUUUCCUGGCACUGCAGGACCAUGCAGUGUCCCUCUCCCUCCCAACCCCCAUCCCAUGUCCUUCGGCGCUGGGUCUGGCUCCGCCCAAGCUCCUCCUCCGCCAAUGUCAAUGGCCGAGCGCGUGCAUUCGACCUCCCCAUAGGAAAGCAUUAUUCAAUGCUUUCCUAUGGGGAUUCCGGAGACGCUGGAGGUCCACAUGCAUAGCGUGAGGACGUCCAGCGUUGUUUAAAACACUUUUCGUGUUCUAAGAACACGGAGGUCCCUCUAGUGGCUGUCUGAUAGUCAUAAAAUGGAAUACUUUGUAUGCCAAUUACAGCCAAUUGUGUAGGAUCAGAAUUAUGAUACAUUCUAAAAUGUAGAUGUAUUUGACUUGAGGUUAACAAAAGAAUGAAGAUUUUCCCGUAACCUAGUUUUGAGUUUGUGAUAUAUCUGCCCUACAUAUUGUAGUCCACAUGUGCAACUUAACAAGUAGAUCACAGAGAGGGUUUUGCAGUUAAAGGGAAUCCAUAGUCACCAGAACAACCACAGCUUAUUGUAGUUGUUCUGGUGAGUAUAGUCAGUCCCUGUAGGCUUUUUGCAGUAAGCACUGUCUUUUCAGAGAAAAGGCAGUGUUUACAUUACAGCCUAGGGACACCUUCAAUAGCCACUUCCCAGUGUUUCCAUCUUUUGCAUGGAGACACUGAACUUUCCUCAUAUAUAUUUAUUGAUUCAAUGCAUCUCUAUGAGGAGAUGCUGAUUGGCCAGUUGGCCAGGGCUGCAUUUGGCUUCGCCCCCAGCAUGCCUCCAUGGCUGAGUUUAUCAGAAUUGACAAUCUCAGCCAAUCCAAUUCUUUCCUAUAGCAAAGCAUUGUGAUUGGCAAAUAUCAUAAUUUUUGAUGGUGUCAGACAAGGAGUCAGAUCAGGGGCAAAGCCAGCACCAGCAGACUGGAAUAAACAUAGAAUGUGACGACAGUUAAGAACCAUUCGGCCCAUCUAGUCUGCCCAAUUUUCAAAAUACUUUAAUUAGUCUCUGGCCUUAUCUUAAGUCUAGGAUAGCCUGAAAAACAUAAGACAAAGUAAGGGCUACUUUGUUUUUUGUAUUUUUCCUAUAUUUCAGGGUUGGAGCUUAACAUACAUAAAACAAAUUAAUCCCUACUUUAUAUUAUGUUUUAAAUAUAUAUAGAACAGAAAUGCACAACAGAUUCUGAAAGAGGAAGAGAAGAACAAUAGGAGAAAGGCAAGUUUGUUGUGACAGACAUUUUAUGUCUAGAUUUGAUGAACCAGAUCUAUUUGUAUAGGGGGAAAAGAACAACAAAUGAAGAAACUUAUAAGGCUUAAUUUAUUUCAAAUAAAAUAAAACCAACGUUUUGUAAAUCCAAAUGUAAAAGAAAACUCAUAUCACUAGUCACCCAGGCUACUUUAUCACAAUGAGGUGGUCUCGAUGCAGUGGUCCUUUAGCUUUAAGCCUGCAAUGUAAAACAUUGCACAUUUUUUUUUAGAAACUGAAAUUUUAAAUCACCUCUCCUGGCCAUCAUAUGCAAUCAUGCUGCAGAAGGCAGAGAGGUAAGCAAGACCGACGGCGCUGGAAAAAGGGAAGUAAAUCUAUUUUAAUAAUUCUGUGCUCCUUUAAAAUUUACAGGUAUAAAAGUAACUCAUAAGCCAUAACAUCUGUUUAGCAGUAAUAGAAACAUAAAUUAAUACUGAUUUUCAGUGGAAUCAAACUAACAGCUGUAUUCUCUUUCAGAAAACACAGACUGUAUCCAAUAA